AUGUCGUACGUGUCGCCCUCGAGUUUUGGGGACUAUUAUGACUCUGGCAAUCAAGGACAGAAUGUGCAGAAUUCGUACAAUGGUGGGAGACAACCAGCGUCGCAUAAUCCAUAUGCGACGCAAGCAUCCUAUCCAGGUGACAUUCGACAGUCUCGGUAUGGGUCUUCGGGAUACGACUACGCCAGACAGAACCAACAGAAUUACGCGAAUAGUUCCCGGCAGCAAACGUACAGCAAUGAUUCUUGGAAGAAUUCAAACACUCAGAACACGUCUUAUGAUGAUCGCAGGCAAGGAGACAGCUAUACGACAGGAGGGACAAUGGGCGACAGUGGACAGGGUUACUACAACUCCACUCCGUCGACAUCGGCCGGACAAGAUGUACAUGAAUUGAACAAUUUGGCAUAUGCUUCAGGUUUGGAAGACUCUGCCGCGUCGCAACGGCAGACCCAUCAUGUUCAUCACCAAAGCGCAUCCUCAGCAGCCAGACAUCCUCCCACUUCGGGCGCUACUGCUCCGAACCGAGUACUAUCCCCGGUCACUCAAAGUGCGUCUCGUUACAAUGUCACUCCAGCUAUGAAGUAUCCCUAUCAUAACGAGCCUCCAUCCGGGUCUUCCCAACAGGCUCCCAUUUCUGCUGCCGCUGCAUUAGCCGGUGCGGUCAAUCGCUGUUUCCCGCAGCCAUCGGUUUCGCCGGUCAUGGAUACGGUCAAAGCAACACAAGCAUCGGCUGCCCAAAGAUCAGCCUCACCUUACCCUCAGUCAACCCAAGAGCAAGCUCAGCUACGUACGUCUUCCGGCACUCCUCGAACCACUUACGGAAGCUCCAGCAUCUCGGCGGGAACGAUGGGCCAACAAUGGUCCCAAAGUGGAAGUGCCGGCCGUCAUGUGCGCGCUCCCAGUCAAAACACGCAACCAAGAGCCAGUAGACCUCAAACGCAGGCUUCUGCGCCAGUGAACAGUAUCUCAAAUCUGGUGACCAACACUAUGGAGGAGGCGCCGCAGACGGUAUAUUCUCCCACGAUGGAAACGCAGAACAUGGUGCCGGACUACAUUGAUCCGUCGAAAGUCUUCAAUCCCUACCAUCUAGAGCAUGAAAGAAGACGGAGAGAAGCCGAGGCUCAAGCAAAAAGAAAGGCAGAAGAAGCAGCUGCAGCUGCGAGGGAAAGAGAGGUAGAAGAGGCAGCCAGAAAGAAGAAGGAAGAGGAAGAGGCUGCUAGAAAGAAAAAAGAAGAGGAAGAGGCUGCUAGAAAAAAAGCUCAGGAGGCUGCUGCUGCUCAGGCAAAGAGAAAGGCUCAAGACGCAGUACCUAUAGCGGACCGCCAGAUAUCAAGUACAGUCAGCGGAAACGCAUCCUCGAAGGUAGCUGAGAGGAUUUCAACCCCUCGAACUCAGCAGUUGCCCGGACCUUCCCAGCAAGCCGCGCAGUCCUCACAAACCGGCUCAACCAGUGAGGCAGAUAUGGCGGCUGAACUGAAAGCCUUGAUGGACAGAAUGAAGGAGUUCAGGAAUAAAGAUCCUAGUCUUUUCCAGAAGUUAUGGGAUGACAUGCGAAAGCCAGGUCAAGGUCCAGCCCCGGCCGUUCCUGCGCACUCUCCGUCGCCGCAGAUGUCUCAACAAGCCGUCGUACCCUCUCAGAACCAGCCUGUGUCGGCUACUCUUCCGCGCCCAGCACCAGCAGCAACGGGAGAAUCUUCAAUGUCACCUCAAGUCGCUCAUCCGCAAACAAUAUCCACUCACAAUUCUUUGCCAACCACUGCCGAGACUCCUAAGUCUGGGAAGAUGCAAUUGAGCACACCGGAUUCCACUGAUUCGAGACGUCUCAAUGGCUACAGGGUGGUGGUAGAAGACAACGAUGCGGGUCUCCCGGAUCUAGGCCGUUUCCCGGCCGAACGACGCAUUAGGACAUCCUAUUAUAAAAAGCCCGCGACGCCCGCCAAUGUGCCUUUGCCAGAUGCAGUUGUCCCUCCUGACGGGACGACUCAAAGCAUUGCGGAUGCACCAGUCGAUCCUGCAAAGUCGCGAAUCGCGGUACCACCACCUCCAGUUGCCCUCACAUUCUCGAAUGCACGGACUCCUGCCCUUGCACAAGGACUCCCUCCAAAGGCACCAGCUGGCGGGACGAUAUGGCCAGAAGAAAAGCGCAACGCGCUCGCGGAAGCUGCGGUCAGGUCGUUGACAGCGCUUCCUGAGAACAGCGGCGUUCAAAUCAGCCCUGCAGACAUUCACGCGAUGCUGGACAAGAAUCCCAGCUACCUUGAUUUAUGCGAGAUGUUGGAAGGCAAAGGCCUUCGGUUUAACAGAGGUCACUUUGCACGACAACUCUUGAGCAAUGUCCCUUACUUGAAUGGAUCUUCGGCGAAGACAGUCCAGUCCCAGCCACAUCCUCCGGCUCUCCAGCCAGGGCAGACUUCUACGCAAGUUGUUGGCCAACGAUUAUCCAAUCCUGCAAUUCAAUCGCCCGCAACGCCUGCUGUUUCAGCCCCCAAACAGAAUGCCAUCUCGGGACAACCGGUGCGGCCGACGCAAUAUACCGGUGCGGUUCCUCCUGCUGUCUCAAUAUCGGGCCAGAAUCAAGCCAGGGCCGUCAAACCAGAGAAGCUACCAUCGGAAUCUCAGCAACAUGCUCAAAAUCGUAGAGCUAGCAAAGCCAGCUCUUCGAUACAUAGUCGAACUGAACCACCGCCAGGUUCGAAAGAAGCAAUGGCACGGAAACGAGAUUUCUCAGAACUGAUCGACUUGGCAGCCCUGAGCGACAAUGAAGACUACGUGAUGUCGAGGAAGCAAGCCCGCAUUGACAGUCCUUCUCCCGAACGCGACGUAUUUGAGCAAUAUCACCAACAGAUGCUGUCGGCUGCACAUGUCCAUUCUCCAGGGCAAGGUGUUGGAUCUUUCGUACAGCCACCGCCAUUGCAGAGUGGCCCGCCUCUCAAGUUCAAUACAGCUCCCACACCAAUGCUGCAAGGCUCGCGGCAGUUUAUCCAUCCGAGCACGACCUCACGCUUAGCUGAACCAGUACUGUCAACAAGGCUUCUUGCGAAACCCAUCAACAAGAGCGAAGCUCUUCGCAAGACUUAUUACAACCCCAAGACAAUUGCUCGCGACAUCCUCAUCGCGGCCGGCAGGCACCCGACCGAGCGACCUUUGAACGCUCAUAUGGCAGGCCUACUGGGGAAACACAUCGAACUUGACUCUGACCUCAGUACAUUUGACUGGGAUGCUGUGGACCCAGGAGGACCGCCAAUACCGCAAGUGGUUCUUGUUGAUGUUCCUACCGAGCCUCCUCGAUACAAGUCAGGGCAGCAAGGGAUUCGCCGCAUUGAGCCUAAUAACGAUAACCACAACGGUUCGCCCUUACCGGAUUCGGAAAAGCGCGGUAUGCCUGCGCCUGCGCCCAAGUCGAAAGCAAACGUCGCGGAACAACGAGAGGAUAAGGCAAAGCAAUUGCAGUCUUCCGCGCAACCCGGUACAGACUCCAGGCCUUCUCAGGUUCAGAGAUCACGCGAUAGCAACGCUGCAGGCGCACAAAAUGCAAAGGUCGUCAUCCCUCAGAAGCGGAAGGCGAGCGUGACAUCUCCUGAAGCAACUCCGCGUCCGCAACUUGCAACGCGUUCGACACGAUCCUCAUCGACUCAAGCGAGACCCGCCUCAGAGCCCGAUAAGAUGAGCGACGGCUCUGUUUUUCCCAGCCUCAAGCGACGCGGACGGCCUCCCGGUGCCAAAAACCGUCCCCGCGAGUAUGCCGAGACAAUCAAACAAGGUGCAAAACAAGAAAUAUCAGUCACUGUUCCUUCACCGGCUUCGCCAAGCCUUCCUGUAUAUCGAUGUCACUGGAAAGGAUGUAAAGCACAUCUCCAUAACUUGGCGACGUUGCGUCAGCAUAUUUCCAAGGUCCAUCGGCCCACCGCAGAGGAGGUAGAUAAGUACGGCUAUAUCUGCUGGUGGAAAAAAUGUCAAUACCUAAAGUUCGACAACGAUGGCCUGAUAACUCCUCAGAAGGUCUUCGACAGGUCUAAUGAGUGGCUCGGUCAUAUUGAUGAGGAUCAUCUGCACCCCAUUGCAUUGAAGUACGGAGAUGGCCCGUCGACCAAACACAUCGGUAAGCAAGAGUCGUCAUCUUUUGAUGUCUCCAGAUUACUCUACAAUCCCCUUCAAUCAAGGCAAGCGACUAGAACACUUUCUCACACAGAUCCUCAGACCAUCCUCCAGGAUAGAACCCGAUACCUCUCGGACGAGAGCGGACGAACCACCACCCCUGCGAUUUCCAAAAAGUCUCUGAAAGAUUUGGAGCCAGACACAAUGGCCUUGCUUAAAGCCGGACAUGAUGACGCGGAGGGCAUGGCUCAGCGCAGUUUCAUGAAGACACACCGCGCGGAGAAGAGCAGCCCGAAGGCCGUCGCCGAAGAGACUCUACGCGCCAUGGAAGCGAGAAAGGCUGCGCUCGGCCCGGGCAUAGACAAAGGCGGCUGCAUCUUGGUGAACGAGGCAAGAAGAGCGACUCUGAUGCAGAACCCGAGGAUCAGAAGGGUUGUGCAUGCCAAUUACUGA